AUGCAUUCUAAAAGAUUGGCAGUCGUUGAGGUUGCAAAUAAUUUCCUAUCCUGCCAAGCAAAAGAAGAUAUCAAAGAAGGUUCCUUCCUGACUGAUCUCUGGGGUAGAGUCAGCGAGAAGGCUACCAGAUACACCGUAAAAGUUGGAAAAAACAAGCAUGUGGACCCUGAAGGGAUGAUCAGGUACAUGAAUCAUUCCUGUGACAGCAAAACAAAAUUCAUCUACAAAAAACGCAAAGAUGUCCAUCCAAUCUUAGCUGACGACCAGAAUGUCUUUUGGUACAUGGUGGCUGCUCGUGAUAUCAAGAGAGGCGAGGACAUCACGUUUGACUACAAUGUGACAGAAUAUGAAGUUGCAGAGCGAUUUCGUUGCAACUGUGGGGCUGUGAAAUGUCUCGGUGAGAUAAAAGGCUUCAAGUUUUUGACGCCAGAGCAACAGAAGUUGAGGGAAAAGGAAUUAUCUCCUAUUUUAAGUGAGCUUUGGCGUUAA